UGCUUUGACCACCCGUCAACUAAUUAGUUACGACUUUCAAGUUUCUACUGCUUUCCCACUUACGCCUCUCCUAUCUGCCUUUCUUUUCUUUUUUACUUUCUCUUUUCUUCUCUUUUCGAUUUUAUUUCUGUAACUACAUAAAGACUUCUUUAUUUCUUUUACCUCCAAUACUUUCUCCGGUCCUUAUCUGGUGUCGUACUCCUCACUUUCAUCGUUUCAGCUCAUCGUCGUCCCGACACCUGCUGAGAUACUUAAUUCUCACCACGACACGGCGCAAGAGUAUGAGUGACGGUAUUUUCUAGAGAUCUGCCCACGAUGGAUGGCUCCAUCCCUCCGUCGUCCGCUAUGUCUCCCAUUUCGCCUUCGCCAUCCACUUCCUCAUCCAUCUUUCGCCCCCGCAGAUCCGAGGACUGGCACGAGUACCGUCCGAUCAUCGAGCAACUCUAUCGUGACAAUCAAUUAAAGCUCAGAGAUGUCAAGAGAAUCAUGGAGCGUGAUUAUAAGUUUCAUGCAUCAGAAAAACAAUACAAAGACCGGUUGGCAGCCUGGCAUAUUCGGAAGAAUAUAAAAGCCAAAGAAGUUCAUGUGAUGAUUCGAAAACAACAAAAACGAGCUGCCCGGGGAAAACAGACUGGAUUUCGUGUCGCCGGUCAAGAAGUGGAUUCGAAACGCAUCGCUCGUUUCGUCCGUAGAUACGGUACUCACUGGGAUAACAAAGGUCGCGCCGAGUCUCAGUCCCAAUCUCCGCCUCAACUUCAACCUCACUCCCAACCCGAAACCCAACCGCUGAGCCAUCGGUCAAGCCCCGAGCCUGAUACUCCAUCCGAUAUGAGUUGCUAUACGCCCGAGCCCGAUGCUAGAGAUAGAAGCUCGACUUUGUCUCCUCGGCCAGAGACGAUGUCACCUCGCAGCCACGACAAGCUCAAGAUAGAACAAACCCCUGCUUCUGAGGUUGAUGAUAGCCAGUCUUUGCCGACAACUUAUAGCCCCAGCUUACCAAACGACACACCUAAAGCCACGAAUGAUGUGUCAUGGAAGGAUCUUGAUUCCUUUCAGAAUCGUCUCCUCGCUCUUCACGACACUCUUGAGGCCUCGAUGGCCGGAUUUAUAUACCCUAAUGAAGAAGAAAACCGCACCCCACUUUUAUGAGCGGUACGGAAUAUCCAGAGACGAAGAGUGAGGAUUUGCCGAGCCUCUGGGUUCAUUCUUAGAUGUUAUCAACUCAACUUCCCUGAUCUCCCCCUUUAUUAUUCCCCCAGGCACUUCGUCAAUAAGCACUCAACGAUCUUGACUCUGUAACACCUCCCCCCAUCUAUUCUAAG